GGCCACAUAAAUAGACAGAAACGUCCGGGAGAUGAGAGCCACGGAGUGCAGGGAGAGCAAAGCGAGCUCUUUGGAAACGAGCUUGGGAAACAGAAUUUUACCAAGUUCGAGGAUCUGCUUGAAAAAUUCCGCAUUUACUCCCGGGGAUGCCUUUUUGUGAUUCGCAACAUCACUCGGCGUUAUCAAACAACUCGUACCGUUUUCCGCCUUGGAAAUCCCACCGUUAUUCCUGCGAUCUUUGUUUCUGCCGAGCUGCUUACAGAUGAUGGGGUACAGUGUUUUGACACCGUAGGCAGCAGCCGCAAGAAACACGGCUCGCUUGGCCGCAGCCGUGCGGUCCCAUCUCACUUUGGACGCCGCAUCGAGGAUGUUGGACAUUUUUUCGAGCGUUAUUCGUCUCCGUCGCCGAUCCUCGCAACAGCCAUCACUCAAGGCCGACUGCAAUCGUCUCCCGUCGACAUUUAGAGCAGAGACCUCGGAUGGCUGGAUUGAUGUUAAAGCGAGCCCAAUACAUGUACCGCUACAUCCUGCUCUUUUUUGUAAGAGUAAAUUGCCAUAUACCUCAUACAAUACACUUCCGGUUAAUUUCAAAAUAAAACAAUUAAGGUCAACCCCCACCUCCUUACAUUCCUGUUUACACGAGUCUGUGUUUACGUUUUAAUUUGUUAACAUAAUACUCAAACUCAUUUCCGGUUGUUGCUAGCUUAACGCUUUUUCACUGCCUGACGCAUCGACAGUUGUCGUUUCAUUGGUCGCUCCCCCGGCAAAUCAUGAUUGGUUGCGUGAUGGACGUACAGUAAUACAUUUGUGUCGGUGUUGUGCCGUAGAAUGCACCCCUUCCAUAGAAUGCAUCCCUUAACGGAAGCGCGGUUGAAAGUACAUAACAAAGCGAAAUAAACCAAGUUUUCCUUACCGUUUGAUGGAUUCAAAAGCGUGUGCCUUUAAUGAUUUAAUUCAGGCUAUUCAGAUAAGCCGAAAACAAUAACCCUCUGAUUCGGAAUAUUUGCUGUCCCGAAAAUAUAUAAAUGUUCUCUACCUUGACAGCUUACUGUACAAUUGAUAUACCAAAGUACACCUCUAUAUAUGCGAACGAAAGUUUGCUGCUCCAUUUGACAUGUUAUUAUGAUCAAAUACCCGUGUUUUUUUUUAAAUAUGAGAUCAUUUUCUUCCACUUUAAGAAGCUAACGAGUGGAUGGGAUGCAGAGGAUGCAUUCUUCGGCGGGGAUGCAUUCUAAGGCACAACACCUGUUGUACUGUAAUUUCUGUUCGUGCAACAAUGUAGUAGAUAUUUUAUAAUUAUAGCAGCAUUUUCUUUUAUCAAAAUGUAUUUUAUAUUGUAUUCACACUACACAAACCGCUUGUAGAAGUAUUUCAAAAAGGUUUAAAUACGUUUAUUAAUAUUUCUGAGCGGUCGCGUGAGCAGACGUUGGUUAAGUAACGGUCAGUAGUGAAGUGUGACGGCAAGUAGCUAACUAGCAAAGACAUUAAGCUAGUAAGUCUAUGUUGUUUCUCUGACACUUGACGUUAAGAGUUUCUGAAAUGAAUUGGGUUGGGGGUUCAAGGUAAGAAAGCAAUAAUAAUUUGGUUCAAAGCUAAUAUUAGCUUUACUCAGUGAUGUUAACAGUGUUUUAACUCGCUGCAGGAGCCGGCUAGUGAUGAAAAAUGAUACCAAAAGACAGAGGGUGAGGCAGCCUAAUACAUUUAAUAACUUAAUGUGAGAAGUAUUGGUUGAAUUGUUUGGGGAUAAAUGUGUUGUUACUUAUGUUUCAGGAGUUUUUCGAAAGAAGAAGAAUGCAACAGAGACUGAAAAACCUGGAUAUUGCCCUUCCAGCAUCGACUCCAAGCACCACAUCUGGCAGUAUGGAUCUGGUGACUUUAUUCAUCGUCAACCAGAUUGCUGCUAAGAAAGAAAAAAAAGGUGAAAUUGAGUAAUUAUUCGAGGAUUACACUGAAAGGUGCAGUGAUAAUGAUGCUUACUUUAAAAAACAGAUUAAGAGCAGUUUUUUUGCAGUAAAAUAUUGUGGUAAAAGUAACUGGCACAUAACUUGAUGAAUAUUAUCAUGUAUUGUUUGUGUUUCCAGAUCCCCCUAAAGUGGCAGUUCUUGGAAGCGGUAAAUUUGGAUCUAAGCACAAGAGAAAUGAACCUCUGGUACUCCCAAUGAGUCCCUGCUCUCCAUCAAAGCUAGAUCUCGUCGAGAGUCAUCAUCAGUACAGGUAGAGCGGGGGUGUUGUUUCUCAUAAAUCGUCUAUUAUCACAAAGAGGAUAUUAAUAACAAUGUACUUUCUGAGAGUGGUUUGUGUCAAUUAAAGACCCAGAUACCGUUUUUUGCCGGUAGCAUCAUUUUAUCAUGCAAGUCAAACCCCGUAUUAUCUUGCAAUAGUUAUUCAGUCUCUUGUAUUUCUAUGUCUAGCUUUCAAGGAAAGGGAAAGAAUGUUUUUCCACAAGGAUUCAAAAGUCGACAGGUUUGUCAUACAGUUUUACUUUUUUCUUUUAACAUUUGGCGAUAUUUAGAAGCCAGAGAGAUUGUUCUCUAUCCCAUAAACAUGUCUCAGUGGCAGCAACCUUAUUGCAGCUGGCUGCUGCUAUCCAUAUUUCUCUAUCGCCUGUUUCCCUUUAAAAAGGAUCAUAAUUGACAAAAAUAACAUCUGCAUUAGACGAUUUCAUACUUAUAACUGAUAGCACAAAAUGCUGAAUGUUCACCAGCUCUUCUUUCCAAAGCUGUCACCAGUAUUCGAGUCAGCUUUCUCAGACAACAGUGCAUCCGACUACCUGCCAACCAAAGCGGACUCCCUCAGCCCCUUCUCCUCCAUCUCAUCAGGUCAAGGUUGUGUAGCAAUGUGUUUCAUAGAAUGUCUGUUUUUAGCUGCAUGAGUGUUUAACAACAAGUAAUUUGGAAAAAACUUUCUGUCUCCCUUCAGGAAUAUUCCCCUUCCACCAGAGAAACCAAACACACGCACAGUUACCUUCCACCUGCUCUCCUCCACCCUGGGUCACCUCAGAGCUGGAGCACUGCAAGGUAGGGUAAAAAUGAGUAAAUCUGUGAAAACUGAUAAUAGAAUCAUGCAAUUCCAUGGUUACAGCUGCACAGGCAUGGUUACACUAGAAUCUACACGCACACAAGGCUUAAGUUUUUUUUAGGACUCGCUGACUGUAAUAUCCACAAACAAAACAUGAGCUUGAUCAGCAGUGCCUGUCGCUGGGAGCUGUCUAAGAGCUUUACAGAACCUUGUAGCCUUGCCACUUGAGAUUUAUCAUUUGAAAUGUAUUCCUUUCAUUUGAUAGUUUCAGCCUUUUUCCCAGCCAAGAAGAAUGACAGACAGUAUUCCCCAGUCAGAUGAAUCAAACCCUCUGCUCUACCAACUGGAGACUCCCACAGCAUCCCAGGUCCUGUUUGGAAGUCCAGACAAAGAGUGAGAUCAGGCCCUAGAAACUGAGGGAUUCUUUUUUGUUGUAGUAUAACUGUUGCUUUUAUAUUCACUCAAAGGGUGUGUGUCUUCACACAGAGGACAUGCCGCACACGAGGUGGUCUUCUCUCUAAACCAAUCAGAAGACACAGAGCCCAUGUUGGAUUUUACUCUGAAUCAGUCUGUAACUGAGCAGCAGUUUGAGGACGACGUCUUCAGAGGGUUCAGCUCUGAAGAUCAAGAAGAAACAGGUAAUUACAGUCAAAAACAGCGAUAAAGCCACAGUAACUUUCUUGUGAGGCUUAACAUUGAAUUUGGUUUCAGCUUUUGCAGGGACAAAAUCAAAAAUAUAUCUCAGAGCUGAAACACCGGGCAGAUCAUCAACACCACAGUAUGUGUAAAUACAAAAUCACUGUAACUUUUAUCACUCAUAAUUCAGAAUGCCUCACUUAUUAUUUUUUUGAAACAGAACUGUCCCUGACUCACAGUACAUGGAAGUGGAGGUAAGCUACCAUAAAAAGUCUGGGCUUGGUGGGUGUUUUGGAAAGUUUUGGCUGUUUUCCAGUCAUCGCAAUGUUGAUAUAAAGAUUUGAAGAGUAAACUUAUCAAUUCAGGUUUAUGAUGCACCAAUAGAUAUACAGUUUAAUUUUCUUUUAUUCACAGUCCUCCAGCUGCCCUGACAUGAACUGCUGUAAGUGUCUAAAUAGUCUCCAUUUUAACUAAAUGUGCAUUGUUUACAUGAUGGAGAACAUAAGCUCAAGAUACAUCUCUUUUCCUCCAACAGCUUGUCUUCAACAAAACUACGGCGUCUGUGACAACUUCCCAGGAUACCCCUGUGUAAAAGGCUUUCAGAUUUCAAACUCAGAUACAGUAAGUUAAAAGUAAGUCUUACAUUUUGCUGUUAGACCAAAAAAGAUCAUAAGAGUCACAAUUUAGAGUUUGGUCCUGUCACUGUAACAUAUACAGCAAUUUCCUUUACCAAGUACAGUGUUAGUAGACAAAUGAUCCGUUGAUCCGCAGCUGCCAGCAGUAGUUAUUACUAAAAUUAUUUGCUGGAGGAUGGCGAAAGCUCUUAUAAAUAACUAAAGCUCAGACUGUUUAACAUGAAAGUACAUCAUGUAUAUUACUUAAGAUUUCCUUCACAGAACAUCAGUCACUACUGUUCCCCUUUGCAAUGAUUUUUUUAGGAUGAAACAUGCUGUCAGCUGUGUAUGGGCCAAACCGGUUGUGAAGAUGGCCAAAGGCACAGUCAACAAAGCCUUCACACCCCAUCGCCACAACUCAAAAAGAUACAGGAAGUUACACAGUCAUUCACUUGCUCAAAUAACGAUAAAGGAAGUGACAGCCAACAGUCAGGAAGCACAACCGUGCAGUUUGAAUCUCCCUCAGUCUUGGCUGAAGCUCAGGGCGUACAGCUGUGCAAAUGUAAGAGAACCUCCGGUGAAACCCGAGACGCAGAAACUCAGACUGAUGACAAACCCACUGCAAAAACAUGUGACGCCUCGACCCAGAGCAGCUUUGUUGUGCCAAGUGCAUCCAAAGCCGCUGCCUUCAACAUUCUCCUGCCACCUUUUGAUGUGUCAGUUAAGCAUCCAGCCACAGGGGGGCAGACUAACUCUACUUUGGAGCCAUUUACACACCCACCUUCAUCAGGCAACAUGAGGAAUAAAGAAAAGCAAACACCCUGGAAUGAGAUCAAAUCCAAAGCUGGUUCCCUCUCAGAUGUCUGGGUUACCAACAUACCCUCUUCGACCAACAGUGAUGGAAAUGUGAUCCUACAGAGACCCGUAAACCGCUUCGCAGGUGCCCUGGGCAGUCCUGAUAGCACAGGUAUAACAUCAGAGUAAAAGUCUAAAUCACUCCAUGAGUAAAAUAUGUGCAGAAUUUUGUGCCAGUUAGGCUCUUCAGAUUUCACAGGCAAAGAAUAAAAAGCCUGGAUAUUUGGUUUUACUCCAAUCUGUUAUUACAGAUUUAGGUGAGGACAGCAGCAAGAGGGGGCAAACAGAGAACGGCUGGCUGAUGACAGAUCCAUCACAUGAAAGGAGGGAGGAGGUCAACUCUGCCAGAAGGGUUAACAGACUCUCAGAAGAGGCCCAAACACUCCAGGAAAUAGCUGACAUUUUACUCCUGCUCAAGCAGAGAAAGGAGGAGGGCCAGUGAGGAUGCAAUUAAGCAAGAUAGAAGAAGACGCCUUUUUCUGCAGGAAAUCCAAGUUAGUAUAAUUACAGAGAUACAGUGAAAGCAUUACUAUGGUUCAUAAGUUUAUUUCUUUCCCAAUAUACGUACAUAUUGAGGUGUCAUGAAGGUGUUUUUUUUCUUAAGAAUAUAAACUCUAGCAAAACAUUUACAGCAUGAACAUUGAUGAAAUAUAUCCUACGUCACUUUACUUUGUAUUUUUGUCAUUCCUGGUAAAAUGUAGAAACACAGAUAGUUGGUUCACAUUGAAAAAAAUCACAACUGCUUUAUCAUAAGUACACAUUUAGUAUUCUUGAUGUUGUAGGGGCGAAAAUCAAUCAAGUGGAUGUUAAAGUUUGAACACAGAGCAGCCUCACACAGUUAUCUUCAACAGCUGGUCAAUGCAACUUUCAGGACGCUGUCAGUGUUAUCAGGAUCCUUCUGUUUCCUGUAAUUAUAUUUUCAGCACAACAAUAGUUUCUGUGGUUCAGAGACAACCGUCCUUGGAAUACAGCCAGUCUUUCACAUUUUGAACAAUAAUUUAGUUUUCUCUCACCUUUUCACUAAUCUCUGAUCCGUCAGAGAGAUCGGCUCUAUAAUAUAAAUGAAAACCAGUGACUGUUCUCAAGGCAACAUCACAGCAUGCCACAAACAAAUGAUCAGCAUCCCCAAGUUGAAAAAUCAGCACAACAUCGCCCUAUUUGGGGAAAAACCAAUAAUCAGAGUUUUUGUUAUAAUGUCAGGGGUUGUGAUUUUAAUACUGUGGCACUUAAGAGGAAUAAUGUGGUUAUUAAACUGAUAAUAUUCUUACGUGACACCAGGUUGACAAAGCAAAACAUAUCACAAUACUUGAUGUGAGCGCUUCAUUCCACUUUGAUAGGUCAAUACAUUUGAUAUACAGCUCCUUUGGUUAUAUAUCACACUAAUUUAUCGUUGAUCAGGACCAAUGUAUCAAAAUAGAGAACUGUUCCUUCCUGCAGCUCAGCUUUGUAACGUCCUGUCCACCUAUUCUGUAUUUUUAUGCAAAGAUACCACGUGGUCUACUUUAGUAGGUUUUGCUACACAAACACAUGUGCUUCAGACUAACAGAUUUUACCUCACACGGUGGUACAAAUUUACAAAACGACAUUGCAAAUAACCCUAAAUCCUACUCUUGGACUCAACACGAGAACUUACAUAAAAAGAUAUUCUCUGCUAUUUGUACAUAAGGCUAUGGAGGAAGACAAAAAU